UUCCCGUUCCUUCACGUCCCUUGUUUUUCUUUACCUCGGCUGAUUCCUGUUUUUUCUAAGAACUGCUACUGCUAGAUAUCCAUCAUGCUCUUAUAAUAGUUACUACUCCCUCGGCCCCAAAAUGUAAAUGUAAGAUCAUUUUUGACACUAUGGGGCGGAGGGAGUACUACAAGGGAACCCCGUUAUUUUCUGUCCCCUUUCGCUCGCUGGAAACGUUUUAAUCAGCUGGAGCAUGUUGUUUAAUUCUCGCGUUCACCGUGGCUCAUUUGUCCAGCCAUCGUGUGGACCGUAGUUCUGAACUUCUGAGUUCUGAUAUCGAACGUGUUAGUUGUUGCUCUCGUCGUUCUCCCUCUAUUUAGCUUUUUUUUGGCUGAAGCACGCGGGCAGGUGUGCCUGAAGAAUGCAGGUCUCGCUCUGUUCACUUCCACUUGCUCUUGAGUUCCGAUCAAACUUGCCUUCGUCGGUCCGUGCUUACCCAGUGCUUUUUCUUGGCUAUCCGGAUGUUUGUGUAUUCCUCUCGGAUUUCACCUACAAGCUUUGGAUUCCGCGAUCAAAGUCUGCCCAAAAUUGCACGCGGGACACUAAUAACGCACCCUUUCUCCCAGCUGUCUCUCUGCGUUUGUUUCUUGGAGUAUUUUAAAACAGUUUUUGGAUUUUGUUUGAGAAAAUGGUUAAACCUCCUGUUAGUCCUGCUCUCUGCAUCCGCGGCAUACAACCACAAUAUUAUUAAAGUUGAUGCAAGUCAACGAGGCCAAAGUCGAAUAACAAUGGUAGAACCAUUGACUGAAAAAACACCAAUGAUGAAUUCACCUCCUUCUGCGGCAAUGCCUUCGAGAAGGGAGAAUGUGCUCGCGCUGACGUCGCCACAUCCAGCCUGAGUUGGCUAGAAGAAUGAUUUCCAUCCUGGAUGCUGGGUCCAACCAAUCAAAGCCAGAACAACGGCACAGAGACAACACUUCCAACAAGCGUUGCCUAUACAGUACGUGUUUCCCUUCUUGUAUUUUAUGAUAAGAGACCUGAACAUUGCUAAAGAAGAAGAAGAUAUUGGAUUUUAUGCUGGUUUUGUUGGUGCUUCAUAUAUGCUUGGGAGAGCACUCACCUCUGUAAUGUGGGGAGUUGUGGCUGAUAAAUAUGGGAGGAAACCAGUUCUUGUAACUACCCUUUUUUCAGUAAUUAUCUUCAAUACACUCUUUGGACUCAGCUCUAGUUACUGGAUGGCAUUAACCACAAGAGGUCUGCUUGGGCUGUUGUCUGGUAUGCUCGGACCAAUGAAGGCUUAUGCUUCAGAAGUAUGUCGGAAAGAACACAGUCACCUGGCAUUAUCACUCAUGUCCUCCUCACGUGGCAUAGGUCUUAUUGUUGGACCAGCCAUUGGUGGUUAUCUUGCACAGCCUGCAGAUAAAUAUCCAGGCAUAUUCUCUGUCAACUCCAUAUUUGGAAGGUUUCUGUACUUUCUCCCUUGUCUUUGUAUAUCACUCCUUGCCAUUGCCGCUGUAAUUGCUUGCUUCUGGCUUCCGGAAACUUUGCAUAAACACACUGAAGACACAAUGUUAAAUAGUUCGACUGAAGCUGUUGAAGAACCUUGUUCUGAUUUAAAUGCUGAACAAAGUGGUAGUGGCUGUCUCAGUUUAUUCACAAACUGGCCAUUGAUGUCCACUAUCACUGUAUACUGCAUUUUCUCUCUCCAGGACAUGGCUUAUGCAGAGGUAUUUUCGCUUUGGGCUGUCAGUGACAGAAAAUAUGGUGGACUAAGCUUUUCUUCUCAAGAUGUGGGUAGCGUCCUUUCAAUCUCAGGUCUCUUACUCCUAAUAUAUCAAAUUUUGAUCUAUCCAUUGGUUGCAAACUCUAUAGACCCCAUCACAUUAGUCCGUGCAAUUGCGCUAUUGACAAUACCACUUCUUUCGAGCUAUCCAUUCAUGCCUGCAUUAUCAGGGUCCAUUCUUCAGUUGGCACUAAAUUGUGCAUCUUUUCUGAAGAACUCUUUCUCAGUAACUACCAUGACUGUGUUCAACAUUUUAAUGAAUGAUGCUGUGAGUCAGGACCUAAGAGCCUCAGCCAAUGGCCUUUCUGUAACACUAAUGUCCAUCUUUAAAACUAUCGCUCCAGCUGUUGCAGGAGUUAUAUUCUCAUGGGCUCAGAGGCGUCAAACAGCUCCAUUUCUUCCAGGCGACCACUUGGUGUUCUUUAUGCUGAAUGUGUUCACGGUUAUCGGUCUUAUGCUCACCUUCAGACCGUUCUACGCUAGAAAUGGCACGUCGAAUCAUUAAUGUAGUGACACCAUACAUUAGGACCUGGACAAGGACCAAGAUCUAACAGUUUGGCUCUUCGCUAUUUUAGUGACACGAUCUUCCAUAUUACGGGUUCUUUCUUGAAGUGCCUGCACUUCAUUAGUUAAUCCAACAAUUUUCGUGGUCAGUUGACCAAGUAGGUUAUCAUGAGACUUUAAGAUAUUGGUAAAGGUUUUGCUCUACUCGGUUUGAGCAGUCAUAAAAGCGUCGAGGGUUUCUUCAACUGAAGGUCUAUUACCUGUGCUUGUCCUAUAAUUAUUUGAUGCUUCUUGGUUGGUUGGUUAUGGUGGUUUAGGAUAAUUAUUAGAAGCAUAAUUUUGGUUCCUCAAA